AUUGAAACGAAUCUCGCAGUGUUGGGGUAUGACGUUUUCGAGGCGGUUAAUAAGAGUAUAUGCGUAUACCUAAUCUAUGGUGCGCAAUUAAAAUAUAAUAUUUUCACUGCAAAGUAGUCACCUAUUCGGUGUUAGACUUAAAUUACAGCAAGUAAAACUAUUGAAAUCGAACUUUUAUAUAUAACUUUUAACCAUGCAAUCGUUCAAACUGGAAAAAUGUCUGCUAACCGUCAUCACUCUAGCAACUAUUGUUGUUACCACGUGUGAUUACGCCACCUGCUUGGAGUCCUCGCGCAGAAUCAAGGAAUAUGGCUAUCCCCUGAUGACGUAUCAAGUCUGGACCGCUGACAAAUAUCAGUUGGGAAUAGAGCGAAUUCCGUACAGUAAACUCCGUAGCAACGCAUCUACCGGUAAACCAGUCUUGUUAUUGCACGGCUUGUACUUAUCGUCGGCUAUAUUCACAAUAAACAACUCGUCACUUAGUAAGUCCAAAACGCUACAAACGACAAAAACAAAUUUAUAGUUUCCGUUCAGUUAUUAACAAAAUAUUAUGUCUAACGGUAAACGACUGCAAUAUAGGUAACUUAUUUAUAUUGUGGGCACCUACAAUUAGGUAUAUAUCGCAAGUAUAUGAUAGAUUAAUUCGCAAACAAACUGCAAGUCGUGACGUAUGCGUGUAGGUAAAACCCAUCCAGUUCGUAUAUUAGCACUUGACAACUGUGCACAUUUUUU